UGUUGUUGAAUAGUAUUUUAAGAAAGGAGUUUUUUUUAGUUGUUUGUUUAAUUCUUUGCUGGUUAGUGAAGAGUUUGUAGGAACUGCUGUUAUAAGUCUGCUAGAUGGCGUCGCUUUACAAGGCUUUUGUUCCGGCGGCGAGAGGACUUAUUCGGUCGGCUGUCUCGACUGCUUCUAAAGUCGAGACAUGCUCCACUGUUCGUCCUUCGCUUGCCCGCGGAAUGGCUACCUUCAGCCGCGACAAACCGCACGUCAACAUCGGCACGAUCGGCCACGUCGACCACGGCAAGACGACGUUGACGGCCGCGAUCACAAAGGUGCUGUCGACCAAGGGUUUCGCCGACUUCAAGGACUACUCGUCGAUCGACCGCGCGCCCGAGGAGCGUGCUCGCGGAAUCACAAUCUCGUCCGCGCACGUCGAGUACGAGACCGAGAACCGCCAUUACUCGCACGUCGAUUGCCCGGGUCACGCGGAUUAUAUCAAGAACAUGAUUACCGGUGCCGCGCAGAUGGACGGUGCGAUUAUUGUCGUGGCUGCGUCGGACGGUCAGAUGCCGCAGACGCGUGAGCAUAUCUUGCUUGCGCGCCAGGUGGGCGUGCAGCACCUUGUUGUGUUUGUCAACAAGAUCGACACGAUCGAGGACGCGGAGAUGCUGGAGCUGGUCGAGAUGGAGAUGCGCGACCUGCUGAGCACCUACGGCUACGACGGCGACAACAUCCCUGUGAUUAUGGGCUCUGCGCUUUCCGCGCUCGAGGGCAAGAACCCCGAGAUUGGCGAGCAGCGGAUCUUGGACCUGAUGGCUGCUAUUGACGAAAACAUCCCUACGCCCGAGCGCGAUCUCGAGCAGGCGUUCUUGCUCCCGAUCGAGGACACUUUUUCGAUCUCGGGCCGUGGUACUGUUGUGACUGGCCGAGUCGAGCGCGGCACGCUGCAGAAGGGAGAGGAAGUUGAGCUUGUGGGAUACCACGACCAGCCGAUCAAGACUACUGCUACCGGUAUUGAGAUGUUCCGCAAGGAGCUCGACCAGGCUAUGGCGGGAGAUAACUGCGGAAUCUUGCUCCGUGGAAUCCGUCGCGAGCAGGUGCAGCGCGGCAUGGUUCUGUGCAAGCCGGGUUCGAUGAAGUCGUCGACGCGCUUCCUCGCGUCGUUCUACAUGCUCAGCACUGAGGAAGGUGGCCGCAAGUACGGCAUUGGGUCGCACUACCGCCCGCAGAUGUUCAUCCGCACGUCGUCGGUGACGGUCGUGCUGCACUUGCCCGAGGGCCAGGAGCUGGACGAGAACGGGCAGCCGAAGCUGGUGAUGCCGGGCGAGAACCACGAGAUGGUUGUCGAGCUCACGAAGCCGAUUCCGAUCGAGACCGGGUUGCGGUUCAACAUCCGCGAGGGUGGAAAGACUGUGGGUACGGGAAUGGUCACGCGUAUUAUGACUUAAGGUGGUAUCGUUGAGUUGAUGUAUAUAUUUGUUGAAUGAGUAUUCGUGCUCCCUCCUCUCGUAUAUAAUAGUGAUUCGGUUACAGUAGUUAAAAGUAAGGGUGUAGUAGAGUAGAAAUAAGGUUUGGGACUCAACUCAACUCAACUCACACAACUCCAUUGAGAAAGAACUGAUCAACACUGUAUAUACCAUCGGUUUACUCAAUAGACCGUCAAGAGAACUAACUCACUC